AUGGACAAUGAGAUGUUUGUAGAGCAAUUUUUGAGAGAGUUGAAUUUAGAAGAAUAUUUGGGUACUUUUCUGGAAUAUAACAUCAAAGAAAAAGAUCAAAUAAAGAGUUUAGAUCGAGAGAUUUUGCAAGAAAUAGGGAUUAAAAAGAUUGGAGAUCGACUACAUAUUCUAAUUAAGGCUAACAGGCUCAAAGAUACUAAGAAGCAAAAUGAUGUGGAUCAAAUACAGGAUCUAAUUAAGAAAUUUAAUUCUUUAUCUAUGGCUCCACACUUUGUUACUGAUGAAUUGGUGCUAGAUAAGUCAUCUGUUAUAUUUAUACUAAAUGAUGGAUCUGCCAAAAAGGUGAAUAUUAAUGGCUGUUUUAAUGCAGAUUCUAUUAAAAAGAGACUAAUAAAGAGACUUCCGCCUGAUUUACUAGGGAAGAGUCCUGAAGGAGAUAGCAUCUUUGAUUCAAAACAUUACGAUGUUUUUAUUGUUGAUUAUACUAAAAGUGUUCUACAUUUAUUAUAUGAUGUCGAAUUAGUGACGAUAUGUCAUUCUAGUGAUCGUUUAGAAAAGAAUAGGUUAAUAUUUGUAUCAAAGGAUCAAACACCAAGUGAAAAAGCUAUAUCUGUUUCUAAGAAAUUAUUUUUUAGAACUUUGGGUGCAAUUAAUAGAUUAUAUCCAAUGAACGAUAAUUUUCCUACCCAUUUUGGUUACAACUCAAAUAAAUUUCAUGAUUUGGACCCUUCUAUGAGAAAUUUGCAAUAUAAUUCCCCCGAUAAUCUACCAAUUGAGAAUGGUAAUAAUAAGAUACGUACCAUAUUUAAUCAAAGGCCGACUAGUGAGUACAUAUCCACUAAUUUACGUGGAUAUUUCCCUCAAGCUGAUAUGAAGAGUUUAGAGAAAACAUUAAAGGAUGCUUACAGACAAUCUAUUAGGCUUAGUGUAUCAAGAGGGAAAGUUCCAAAUUAUGAGACUAAUAAUAUUGGGGAUAUUUUAUUAAAACAUUCAAGUGCUGUAGAUGUAGCACUAUUGAAUAGCCUAAGUGACGGAAGUGAAGCAAGAAGUAUACCUAAUUUAGUUAAGAAGCCAUCUCAUUGCCCUGUUGAUGAAAAUGAUAUGAUUAAACUAGUUUCUUCAGAAGCUACGGAUGACGACGAAGAAGAUACGGGGAUGGUAUCAUUGCCUACAAAGAUAUCAGCUCCAAAGGCUUGGCUCAAAGGUGCUCGUAUUGGAUCUGGUAGUUUUGGAAAUGUUUAUUUAGGUAUGAAUGCUAAUACUGGUGAGCUUAUGGCAGUCAAACAAGUAGCAUUAAAGCCUGAUAUGAUAAAGACCUCUAAGGAAUCUAUGCAUGCUAGCCCGGUUAAAGUAACAAAAGAAACUAGUGAUAUACAUAAAAAGAUGGUUGAUGCUUUACAACAUGAAAUGAAUUUAUUGAAGGAAUUACAUCAUGAAAAUAUCGUAACGUAUUAUGGUUCUUCACAGGAAAAUGGAAAUCUCAAUAUUUUCCUAGAAUAUGUCCCAGGUGGAUCUGUUUCUUCAAUGCUAAAUAAUUAUGGGCCUUUUGAGGAAUCUUUGGUCAUAAAUUUUACUAGACAAAUUUUAAUUGGGGUAGCAUAUUUACAUCAAAAAAACAUUAUUCAUAGAGACAUUAAAGGUGCAAAUAUCCUGAUUGAUAUCAAAGGAUGUGUUAAAAUCACUGAUUUUGGUAUUUCUAAAAAACUAUCGCCAAUCAAUAAUCCACCCAAUAAAAGGGCAUCCUUACAAGGCUCAGUAUAUUGGAUGGCACCUGAAGUUGUAAAACAAACUGCAACCACAGAGAAAGUUGAUAUAUGGUCUACUGGCUGUGUAGUUGUUGAAAUGUUUACUGGUAACCACCCAUAUCCCGAUUUUUCCCAAAUGCAAGCCUUGUUUAAAAUCGGUACCAAUACUACACCAGAAAUACCAUCUUGGGCAAACGAAGGAAGUCAAGAUUUUCUAAAUAAAGCUUUUGAGCUGGAUUAUCAAAAGAGACCAAGUGCAAUAGAAUUAUUGCAACAUUUCUGGCUGGACACUCAUAUAUUAUAA